AUGGCAGACGAGGAGUUGAUCAACAAGAUUCACGAGCUCAGCGACUUGGAGCUCGCUGCAUUAAUAUGUUUAGUCGCAGAAGAGCACUGUAUUAUUGAUACAGAUCCCGAUGCUCUAGGUGACCUUGUACAGGAGUUACAGCUGGUCGCGUCUAAAGUCUUCGGCCUAACCUACGCUGUGAUCGAUUGCAACAUCCAUACCACUCUUGACGAUUUCGCGCAUGCUAUACUCUCAGUCGACGCAGCUCCUACUCGAUCUAAUUCCCCCGUGAGGACUCGCCACGACUCGUACUUCUUUCAGAACCUCGCUUUCCAGUCACUCAACCGAUCCCCCGUACCGGAAACGACCGAUAAUAAGAGGAUAGCAAAUGUCAUUAUUGCUAGGAAUCUCGAUGAAGCACCGCGGCAGAUACAAAUUCAAGCGUUAGAGCUCAUGCGAACAAAACGAAUUUUUACUAGGACAUCCAUACAGAGUGCACCAAAACGCUUCUUGUUCAUUGCUGCCAUAGCAGGUGGCGAAGGCCCCAGGUUGACAAAGCAUUUAAAUGACUAUAUGUUCAUUUCCCAUGUACACGAUCCCCAAGAUGGCUUUCCGAACCUAGAAGAUAUGUUCACGGACGACACAAGCUCAACCUCUUCGGUGGUGAAAAGGAGUCCGACUCUACCUGCUGAGGAUAGUUUGUGGGCGAAAAUAUCCCCGAUGGAUAUCGAACAUUUAGCCCAACAAGGUAAAAACACCACUGUUAGUGUCGAAAUAAAGCAAUAUCAGCAGAAUAUUGCUUCAUUCCUUAGGAUUCACCGUGCUGUAGCGACUGGUAUCUCUGCAAUUGCCACAAAGCAUUUUGAUAAGCUAGUCAGAUGUCUUGCACCGUUACACGGACUUCCAUAUGCUACGCCAUCUCUGAUUGCUCUUGCAGCCAGAAAGAUUUAUCUUCAUCGUAUCGAGAUUGUAAAUCCGGAGAGAGAACGUAGUAUGCAAUGGGGAAGUGACUUAGAUGCCAUACGAGAGCUGCUGGAUGGUAUAGGACCAGAGGACGUAAUUGAAGAUGUUUUGGGUAGUACAGGGGCCGAAGCUCCCUUGUGA